AUGUACACAGGAGAGAGAGUCACCCUGAGCUGUGGGUUUGAGGGAGAUCCUGCUGGCUGGGAGUAUCUCUGGUACAAAGACCCACUGAGACACACUGUGCCCAACACUGACAGCAGCAGGACUGAUGGGUCCAGUUUCACCAUCAGCUCUGCUGCUCUGGCCCACAGUGGAGAGUACCGCUGUAGAGCUGCAAGAGGAAGAAAACCUUUUUACUCAGACUACAGUGAUCCUCUGACUUUAGAAAUAUCUGUAUUAGCUCAAACAUAUCUGAUCGUACAGUCUGGAUGGACAGAGGUCUUCCCCGAUGAAACAGUGACUCUGAGGUGUGUAAUUCAUGGCAGCUCUGCAGAGUGGAAGUAUAAAUGGUACAGAGAUGGACGGGAGCUUCCUGUAGACAAGGCUGACUCCAGCAGUGUAAAUGAAGACACAUACACAAUCCUCUCUGCUGAUCAGUCACAUGCUGGACUGUACACCUGCAGAGGAGAACUUACAAGGAGAGCAUCUGUACACUCUCUGAUUGGCAGCUCUGCUACAUUGACUGUACGAGCUCUGCCUCAGGCGGUAGUGACCCUGGAUGAAGGAUGGAUGGGGGUCUUCAUCACUAAAGGCACUCUAGCAAUGAGGUGUGAGCUUCAGGGCUUUACUUCUGCUGACUGGAACUACACGUGGUACAGAGACGGAACGCAGAUCUCACUGAACCACACUGGAGAGAGGCACACAGUGGGAUUCUGGGAUAGCUCCUCUGAUGGUGAAUAUAGAUGUAGUGGGAACAGGACAGACAGACCGUACUACUCCCUCAUCAGUGAAGGCUUCAUGCCAAGCCAUAUCAUUUACCGUGCUGUGGAGAACGUGGUUCGGAUCUGUGUGGGCGUGGCAGUCCUCCUCUUUCUGUCAAUCAUUGUGAAUCCAGCCUUCUGGAGAUGGGUAUCACGCCGGAAAGUGGUACACAGUGGGGAGGAACUGGCUGAACAAACUGACCAUACCUGACCACACAGCGUGGCAUGAGUUUAUUUUCAUUAUUGCUUUGCUAAACAUUACAUGACAUAUUGUAUCAUUUAUUAAAGUAGACUUACUAAAAAAAUAUAUAUAAAUGUGCAUCUUACGGGCUUGAAGGCUUAAUGUAAUAUCUGGCGAAACAUGGCUUUGAAAUACAGGAGUUUCUUCAUGAAUUGCCAUUAGGGAUAGUUUGCACUCUCACACAGCCCUGGUCAUCGCAUUACUUCUAAUCAGUGUAAUUCUGCAUGUCAUUCUUCGCGUAGGGCAGGGUACACCAUGGUACUUAACCUGCAUUGCUUCAGUAUAUAUCCAGCUAUAUAAAUUGAUACUAUGUUAAUGGAUGCAAUGUAAAUAGUGUGAAAGAAGCUCAAGAUAAGAGUGUAUGUUAAAUGGCUGUAAUGUAAAUUGGGAAACUUGUGUAACUGGAGAGCACCUUUAUUUU